AUGACCAAGGAUGAUCUGGAGAAGGUACAAAAGAGAGUAAGUGACUUGUUAUAUGAUAUUGAACUCCAACCUAUCUGGGAAGAUAUGCAUGCUGCAAUGAAUGAAAACAAAGCAGAAGAGAAACCAGUUGAAAAACCGGUACCAAUUUUGCAAAAGAAGCGUCAUCUUGAUAUUUUCAUAGAUGAAAAAGAGAAGGAAAAAUUCUGGGAAGUGAAGAGUAAAAAGAUGAGGUUGGCUGAAAUGGCAGUAAUGAAGAAAGAAUAUGGGCCGCAUGACAGUGAUGCAACUGCUUCCGAAGAUGAAGAGCAUGAUGUUUUCGUUGAUCAUCGAAGUGAUAUACAUACUUUUUCUGUCCUAAAAGAGAUAAUUAAGGAAUUUUGCGAAGAUGAGAGAUUUGGGAUUAAUGAUGCAUUGUUGGCCCAAGAGACCGAUUCUGAAGCGGACGAUGCAAAUGAAAACGAGGAGGAAGAAGGGUUUGAUGAGGAGGAAGUGGGUUCUGAUGAGGAAGAAGAUGGGUCUGAUGAGGAGAAAGAGGAAUAUGAUGAUUCUGAUUCCGAGUGA